GGCCCUGCAGAUAGCACACACCAACGGCGUAUCACCAAACGGUCCCCUCCGCCCUCUGGCGCCGGCGCUCGAGUCCGUCGUAUCAUCCGUCAUACAGGGACCAGUCGCCUCCCCUCCAAUGCAUCACACGCCCCGUCCAAGGGGUGAAUCACCCGCACCAUCACAAAGGCCUAGCCACGUCAUCAGGAAAGGGAAACGGUCUGAGGCCGUCGCCCGAGAAAAGACCGGCUGCUGGUCAUGUCGUAUUCGCAGAAAGAAAUGUCAUGGCAAGGAGCCGGGAAAAGAUGACUGCUCAGACUGCCUCAGGCUAGGAAUCCAAUGCCUGGGCUGGGGAGAGAAACGGCCUGAAUGGCUAAAGAAAUCAGUCGAGGAAAAAAGAGAACAAAUUAAAAUGGACCUCCUAGCGAGGAACAUGAUCAAAGGCCAGCGAAAGGGUGGACUGAGCUCACCCAAUGGGACGCUGGACGACAGCGAGAGCCCACCUCCCUCUCUGCCUGCCGUGUAUGGAGGACCAGCAUCGCCGUACUCCCGAUCGCAUGGGUAUAGCCGCCAUCCAGGUGCAUACCCGACACCGCCUUCCACGCUGUUUGGCACUGCUCCUCCGCUCCCAGGACAGAACGGCAUGGUCCUCCCUCACGCGACACGCAUGGAGUCGCCCGAACCGAUGCUGGGAGGGUUGAGCUCCGACUCUUCGUCCACUACAGCAGUGGACAAGACCUCCCCCGGUCUGCCAAUGCUCGCUUAUCCCAACCAGUACUUCCCUCCCCCAGUACACAGUACGUCCUCAACCCGCACCUCCAGCUCCGCUCAUGGAGAUGCAGUCCCCGGCUCAGGGGCCACGCAAUACGACCGCGUGCAUCUGGAAGCAGUCGCUUCCGGCACUGCGCUCAAAUCUGAGCCGCCGACGAUGGCCUGGGGUCAUCGACAGGCGGACAAGCUCCUCCAGAACAUCAGCGAUAACGGUUCUGACUCGGGGAUGGAGGAAAUCUCGCUCGAAAAAUCCAAGUCUGAAUCGAAGGCACGAGCCCCUCCGAAGCCUGAGCCGACCGAAAUGUCUCUCGCUACCUACCGCUCUAUUGCCAGCAACAAGCUGGACGAAGAACAGUGGCGCUGGCUUACGCACUACGAUAAGGAAGUCCUUCCGAUGCAGUUCCUCCUGCACGGACCCGAGACCCGCCAGCUAAUGCUCAACGUUGCCCUCGCUUCUGAGCCGCCAUCUGCCAUGCUCUGCCUUGCGGCAGUACACCAUUACCAGCUGCACCCGAACUACACUCCUACGGCAAGGGACAAGUACUGGGUCUCCGCAGUGACGUCUCUCUCUGAAGGCGUACGCUCACCCCAAGAUGCUCUCACAGCGCUGCACCUUGUCUCUGUCUCCCUCUUCAGUGGCUGCCAGCCCGAAUGGGCCCCGUUCGUCAACAUGGCCCGCAACUGGUGUCAGAGCGCCUUUCCCGGAACCGACGGAAAUGCCUUCCGCCGUGCGCUCAUAGGUGCCGACCCUCUCACACAGUUCGUAUCGAAGACCACGUUGUGGAUGGACAUCUUUGGUGCUAUUUCCACACAGACUGUACCGAGGUUCUUGAGCUGGUACAGGGCGCUCAUGAAGCCCAAAGGGGUAGACAUUAAUGGCGUAGAGCUGGAUGCGAUCGGCAUGGACAAGCUUAUGGGCUGCGACAACGAAGUCAUGCUAGCCUUUGCGGAGAUCGCUGCGCUCGACGCAUGGAAGCUCGAGCAGCCUACAAGCUGGAGCAACUUCCUCCUCGUCGACAUGGCUACGAGGAUCAGCAAGGAGCUCUUAGACUCUGCGCGCCCGGUCAUGCCCCCCCGAGCCGCAGCGGGUGUGUCAGACGAGGUAUUCAUGCGCAAGCAGAUGUCCGCUGUUUUCCGCGCAUCGGCAAAGAUCUACCUGCACACUGUCGUCUCCGGGUACAGGCCCGCCGUGCCCGAGAUCCAGCUCGCUGUGGCAGAGACGAUUGCAUGUCUGAAAGCGAUCAAUACCGAAAAGAAGCCCUACGACCGGUCCCUCGUCCUCCCCCUCUUUAUCGCUGGGGUGAUGACUGAUGACCCCGUCCAGCGGAAGUUCAUCGAGGGCCGGCUAUCAAACAUCAAAGACCUGAGCGUGGGUAACUGUGCCCAAGUGCUAGCACUCAUGCGCCGCGUAUGGCAGAAACGAGAGACGGACGGAGGGGAGGUCAGCUGGCGGGAAACGAUGAAAGACAUGAACAUGUCCCUGCUGUUUGUAUAACCCCUUCCUGGCUGCACCUGGACCAUAUUUUGCUUUUGUUCUGGUUGGGGCUCGCCGUCGCUCGAUCCGCCGUGCUUGUCUAGGCUCACGAGUGGGUACCUCCUGCCUUGCGCUCAAUCGGCGCCGCGCUUGGGGGGGACGGGCAAUAAACUACACCUGCGUUCUUAGACUAGCUUAGCUGUUUUGCACGCCUUUGAAAGCCUAACUAGUGGUCGACACUUUUUGUAGCGAUAUGUAUCACAAACAUUGCAU